AUGGCUCCUUCACCAGCUAACUUGUCAGUCGCCGCAAAUGCACCUAGAGCAUCGACACCCAAAGACUCGACACCAACUCUAACAUCCACAAAGGUAGCGACUCCAGAUAAACCAUCGCCAUCAUUGCUUCAACAACAACUACAACAGCAGCAACAGCAACAACUUUACCAACAACAAUCCAUGCAACCACAGCUACAGGCACCUCUCUAUCCCAUGCAACAGCAGCAACAUUCACUAUAUCAACAACAGUCUCUAUUUCCUCAGCAGCAACAGUUACAACAACCAGUAUACUCACCUCAAGUGAUGCAGGGUCAGGGUUACCCUGCGACCAUGUCACCUAUACAGCAAGCAUUCACUCAAGUUGGAUAUAAUCCUGUUGCUGCUGCCACACCAUUCCAGCUGAACAAUCCAGUGACUACUCCACCCAUGUAUGCCAACAAUCAAUACUCACCGGUGAACAACAACAUCAUGCAGUACGCCUAUCCAUUCUCCAAUGUACAAUCAAACCAGCCUGCCUACCCCUACUAUAACUACCAACAACAGCCUCAAAUACCAACAUUCCCUCCACCAUCAUACACCUCUGUGAUGCAUAGUCAGCAACAGCCACAGCGACAGCAGCCUCAACAAGCAGCAACAGCACCUCUAACACAGCAACAGGUACAACAACAGCAGCCUCAGUACUUGAAGCAACAACAACAACAGACUGGAUAUUACUACCAACAACCGACCACACCAACACAGUCAUCUGUUGGUAGUAACCAAACAUCAUCAUCGUCAUCUGCAUCGGCAUCUGCAUCAAGUGGAUUGGCUCCACCUCCCCCUCCAAGAAGAGACACUCUGUCUUCAUCAAACACAACUACACCUUCACCCAAGCUGACCAGCAGUGGCAGCAACAGCAGCAGCAACAAUGGCAGUCAGCAGCAGUCAAUCAGACAAGAGAUUGAGCAACACUCAACAUCAAUAAUCGACUCUAUCAAACAGUACAUUGAGAUGAUUGAUCAGAAGCUUGGUGACGAUGAUUACGAACCGAAGAGUUCAUCCGCAGCGUUUGGUGCCAAGAUGAUGAACGCAGGUGGCAACGACACUGGCCCAUCCCGCUCAAACAGUAACAACAACAACAACAACAUCAACAACAAUCGUGGCGGUGCUGGCAACAACAGCAGCAACAACAACAACAAGAAUGAACGAUACCAGAACAUCUAUUCGAACUAUCAGAAGCAUGCCAAUGGCAUUGACUUCCAGAAACAGUUUAGACUGACUGGCACUGCACCACCCGUCCCCUCCACCGUGGUAUCAGACUCGCUCACAACAGGCGCACCAGAGAAGCCUGUCGCCAAGAUCACAAAAGAAGGCCUACUCUAUUAUAAUGUCGUCGACAUGGGCAAGCAGAGAGGCACACUUAACGAUCGACGCUGGUUCAUACUGCGCGAGCAUCUAUUGUUCAAUCACAUCAGCAAGGAUUUGGAACCGAUCGAUGUGAUUGACCUGCGCCAACUGAAGCUGCACAUUGACAUUCGCUUCAUUGACGAGACCAACAGCUUCCGAUUUGGCGUGCGUCUUGUUAGUCACAACAACUCCCUGUCACACUUCCUCUGGUCUGACGAUCCCAAGCAGACCAUCAUGUGGAUCGUAGUCAUCGGGCCACACACUCUAAACUUUGACCAAGAGAAAGAGAUGGAGAUGAUCAACCAGAUUCUAGAGAUUAGUCAACCAGAGUCCAAACAUAAUCUGGUCAAAUAUGAUGAGCCAGAUGUGGAAGAGAUAGAACAGCAGUUCAAGAUCUUGGAGUUGAAGCAAAAGAAGCAGGAAGAGCAACAACAAAUGAAGCAGAAGCAACAUAAUGCUACAAUAUCGGCCGCCAUGAGAAAGAACACAUCAUCACAAUCAUUCUUUGAUGAUAUAUUCGACCCUCAACGCAAGACAUAUAAACAGAUAACAAAGAAUGUGGACAAUAAGGAUGAGGUGAUAAAGUAUAUAUCAGUCAUACUGAAUCAACCAGAGUUUGAGACUGGCAUGCUGUUUGCCGAGAGAAUAGAGACGAUCAGAAGAAAGGUGGCAGAGAUUGGUGUCAAGGACGAAGAUAGUAUCAAGCAACUCAAGACAAUGGUCGAUGAUGUACUGCAUGAAUUCUCACAGUUGUUGAUCAAUCGUUUGCCCAUCCUGUCAAAGUCGGAACAGUCACUGCUGCACUGUCGUCUUGGUGUCGAGACGGCGCUGUUUGGUCACAUCUACUUUGACGUGUUCGAGCAGUACACCAAGAAGUAUUCACAGGAGGACGAGGAGCACAACAACAAGGCUCAGCAAUUCCUCACGCUCACGCCACUGCAUUUGUCGAUACCAAAGAAGUUCUGGCUGAUUGACCAGGUGGACGGCCAGCUGACCGUCCCCUACCAGGACGCCAUCGACAACCUCAAGAAGCUGCACACCUAUCGCGCACCAAGUGAGAAGGUCCAAUGUCUCAUCGACACAUCCGAUGCCAUCUGUGAGGCAAUCAAAUCAUUCUGGGACAGGAAGAAGGAUAAGCCCGAUAGCUUAGUACUAGGUGCAGACGAUCUCCUUCCACUGUUCACAUUUGUAGUUAUUAAAGCCAAGAUACCCAACAUGUACUCGGAGGCCAUGUUCUUGCAGGACUUUAUUGAAGAGUCACUGAGCUCAAAGAUGCAAGGAUACUUCUUGGUCACAUUCCAGACAUGUCUGUCACUGCUGUCAGUUUGGGAGAUCAAUGAACUGAUGGAGAAUGCAUCAAAGUACUUUGAGAGGAUUACAUCACCAUAUCCACAAAAGGAAGAAUCAGAGUUUGAUAACAAUGACAAGUACAAUGAUGAUGACAACAACAAGGACAAGGAGGAGAAGGAGAAGGAGAAGGAGAAGGAUAAUGAUAACAACAACAAGGAUGGUCAGGCUCAGGAGGUAGACAUCCAGCCAACAACCCAACAAGUUCAGGAGAGUGGAUCAGCUGUACUACUGAUACCUGUACUUGAUCUACAGCAUUCAUCGGAUGAACAACAACAGUCAUCAUCGCAACCAUUGUCACAGUCACCACAGACACUGCCACUACAGCAACAGCAGUAUCGUCCACUCGAGAAUAAAGAUUCACUAAUAUAA